AUGAUGAAGAAGGAAGUGGUGGUGGUGGUGACUAUGGUGACAACGGUGGCGACGGCUACCGUACUGUUAGCGGUAGCGGGGCGUUGGAAGAGACGGCACGAAAGACGGUGGAAGCGCACACAACGAAUGCUGACUAAAUUUGCAAGGGAGAGUGCAACUCCGGUGACGAAGCUUUGGCAGGUGGCGGAUGCCUUGGUCGUUGAUAUGAAAGCCGGCCUCGAAUCUGAUGACAGAAGUAAGCUCAACAUGGUCAUCGCCUACACUGGAUCGCUUCCCACCGGUGAUGAGGAGGGAUCAUAUUAUGGUUUGAGUCUUCGUGGAACAAACUUCUUGAUAUUGCAUGCCCAAUUGGGGGGAAAGAAUGGUGGUGUAAUAAAAAAACACCGUGAAGAGGUGCCCAUACCAGCCAAUUUGAUGGACGGAACCUCAGAGGAAUUAUUCGAUUACGUCGCUAAGGAGCUAGUUAUAUAUUUUGCAGUAAAUAGUGUUAGAUCAGAAGGACAAAAGCAACUUGGUAUUACAUUUUCAGUUCCAGUAGACCAAUCUGCAGUCUGGACUGGCACUGCGAUAAAGUGGAAGCGAUUCUCAGUUGAUGAUCCAGUGGGGAAAACCAUGGUGAAUGAGUUAAACCGUGCCCUGCAGAAACAUGGCUUGGACAUGCUGGUUUCUACACUGGUUGAUGAUACUGUUGGAGAGUUAGCUGGAGGGAGAUUCAACAGUAGAGAUGUUGUUGCUGCAGUUACCCUGGGAAUGGGGACAAACGCGGCUUAUGUGGAGCGUGCAGAAGCGGUUCCUAAGUGGAGUGGCCGUCUACCCAAUACGGAAGAGAUGGUUAGUUGAACAGUCGAUAUGUGUGCUCUGUUGCAGGUUAUUAACAUGGAUUGGGGGAAUUUUAGUUGUUCUCAUCUUGCAAUAACAAGCUAUGAUGCCUGCUUAGAUGCUGAAAGCUUGAAUCCUGGUGAAAGGAUAUUUGAAAAACUCAUCUCAGGGAUGUAUCUGGGAGAUAUUGUGAGAAGGGUUCUAUUGAAAAUGGCGGAGGAAACAGCUUUAUUUGGAGAUACAGUCCCUCCUAAGCUUAGAAUUCCAUAUGUGUUAAGGUCUCCUGAUAUGGCGCUCAUGCAUCAAGACACGUCAGAGGAUCGUGAAGUGAUCGGAGAGAAGUUGAAGGACAUCUUUGGGAUCGCAGAUUCUACAAGGAUGGUAAGAGAAGUGGUUGCCGAGGUGUGCGACAUUGUUACAGAGCGUGGGGCCCGACUGGCUGGAGCUGGCAUAGUAGGUAUUCUGAAGAAACUGGGAAGAACAGAGACAAAGAGAAGUGUUGUAAUAGUAGAGGGUGGUCUAUACGAGCACUAUAGACUAUUCAGAAACUAUUUGCACAGCAGUAUUUGGGAGAUGCUUGGGAAGGAGUUUUCAGACAAUGUCAUAAUUGAGGAGUCUCUUGGUGGAUCUGGAAUUGGAGCGGUGCUUCUCACCACUUCCCAUUUACAACCUAUCUCAGCUUCAGAUUCCUAACGCUUCCACCAUUUGGUUUUUCUGCAUUUGGGAAAGUGAGCCUUUUUCUUCCUCCCCUGCUUCCCCAAUGCAAAAGUCGGGUGACCAGGCCAGUAAUCGUGUAGAGUAAUCCAUAUAAAUAUAAAUAUUAAAAUGAGUGAACCCCACCAAAUUUAAUGUCUCAGUUUAUCAAGUAUAAAGUCAAUCAAGCAUUCCUUACCUGAAUGCUUCAGAAAUAGAAAUGAGUCUGAGGUUUUAGGUAAAAGUCAUAUUUGUGCUGAAAUUCAAGA